AUGGCAAUUCUUGAAAAGACUCAGUUUGCAAAACUGCGCAUUCACUUCUGGCCCGACUUAUGGCUAUUCAUGGUGGGGCUAUUGUGUGGUCUCUUAGAGGCCACCUCCCCCAAUGGCAAGAGAGCGCUCAGAUGGCUGCUUGGAUUCGAUCAGAACCAGACCAGCCAACACAGGAUGGGAGAUAUCGGUACUGACCGGCAUGAGAUCUUCCUUAUCAUUGCAGAGUAUGGCGACAAUUACAUCAACUACAUCACAGCGGGCGAUCCAAUAAAGAGUCCUCUCCUAAUGAUAUGGCAGAUUGGCCCAUUCCAACCAACGGCAAUGAACCAUAUUCGACUUUUAGGGGCAUGUCUGCAGGCGUUUGCUUCGCGCCUGCUCACCUUGGCAAGUUAG